UCUAACCGCAGCCACAGCUGCUGCCGAGCAUCUCUUACUGAUUGUCGCCGUUUGAAGACUUGGAAGUUUCUUGUAUUUUCGAAGGAGUUUGCAGUUUAUUCUCAUAAGACCACUUUCAACAUGGAUAUAAUAAUCAUUAUGCUGGGUGAGACCCACCGAAUGAGGGUGCACCCACAGGACACCGUUGGCUAUCUGAAAAAAGUCAUCCAGGAGAAGCUGGGAGUCCCCACUCAGAGGCAGAAGUUGGCCAUCGUCAACGGUCAGAGGACGGACCUGAGCGACGACUCCAAGUCUGUCAGCUACUACGGUCUAGAGUCCGGCUCCACGGUGUCCCUGCUGGUGACCCAGCCACCGGCCACCAUCCAGGUUUUCGUGAGGAACGACAAAGGGCAGAUAAGCACCUAUGAUAUCAAACCAGACGAGACUGUCAGCGACUUCAAAACCAAGGUCCAGUGCAGAGAGGGGGUGGCUGCGAGCCAGCAGAGGCUGGUUUUCCAGGGCCGGGAGAUGAACGGCGGGAAACUAUCCGACUACAAAGUCGAAGCGUUGAGCACCAUCGACCUGUUGCUCCGUCUGAGAGGAGGCUGAGGACACUUUGACCCCGUUAACUUAUAUGGAAGUCAUGUUAAUUAUUUUUAUUUAAUGUAAACGAUGAUCAGAUAGCCUUAAACACAGUGUUUCCUGUUGAUGUGUAUGUUUGAAAAAAAAAAAAAAAAACAUCAGCAAUACAUUCCUACUGUGACCCCGUUAACUUAUUUGUUAGUCAUGUUAAUUAUUUUUAUUUAAUGUAAACGAUGAUCCAAUAGGCUUAAACACCAUGUUUCCUGUUGAUUUGUAUGUUUAUUUUGGGAAAACAAACAAACAAUGCAUUCCACCGUGUGUAACAGUCAUGUCAAAAACCAUAACCGUGUUAUGUUUUGACUUAAUAUUUUCUUUUCGCCCUGCACAUUUUUGAUGAAUACAUGUUUAAAUUGAUUAAGAAAUAAGAAUUAACUGUGUAUUAUUGAAAUUAAAUUUCUAUUCCCUAAUGUGAA